AUGGUAUUACCUAUCAUAGCAGGUAUUGGUGUUUCCUUACUAGCAUUAACGGUUAAAACGACCAUCUCAGCAUACAGGAAGUACCUUUACCUUACACCAGAGAUGAUAGCGUCCCUCAAUAAUAUCACCAUCAAGAAAUCAACCCGUAUUGAUCAUAGUCAUCCCCAUUCCACUCAACAUUCAUUUAUUAGAGAUCGUUAUCCUAACACCGGAUUCCAGCCAAAAAUGACCGAAGAGGAAGCUUUGAAGGUCUUGGGGAUCGAAGGUGACGAUAUAGUCAAUUUAAAUAAACAGUUUUUGAAAAAUAGAUAUAGAAAAUUAAUCAUCAUGAAUCAUCCUGACAAAAACGGUAGUCAGUUCUUGUCCCAGAAAAUCAACGAAGCUAAGGAUAUUUUAGAAAGGAGUUAUUUGUUCAGGAAUAAGUAA